GGUUCGAGACCCGGCCAUGGCGGCGGCGGCCGCUCGGUGGCCCUGGGCCCUGCUGUGCCUGGUGGCGACCCCGCUGUUGUGCCCCGCGGCGGGCGGCUUAUCUUGUUGUUACCAUGCAAAAGACAAUUUAAUGUGCCGUGAUGUCUGUGAACAGAUUUUGUCUUCUAAGAGUGACUCCCGUUUGAAGCACUUACUGCAGCGAGCACCUGAGUAUUGUCCAGAAUCAAUGAGAGAAGUGUGGGGUUGUAUAAAUUCUUCUUUGCCAGGAGUUUUGAAGAAGUCUGACGGGUGGGUUGGUUUAGGCUGCUGUGAGCUGGCUAUUGCUGUGGAGUGUCGGCAAGCGUGCAAGCAGGCUUCUGCAAAAAAUGACGUUUUAAAGGUCUGCAGGAAGGAAUAUGAGGAGGUUGGCCAGUAUGGGUUGAAGGAGAACGGGAGAGGAAAGUUCUUUCUGUGCGCCUCAGUUCUUUUAUCUUUCACUACUUCUUCCAGCUUUCUGCUAUCCUGUUCAUCUUCCUCUAAAAAGAAGAAUGCUCUCUUUAGUUGUAUUAACAGAAAUGAAAUGGGGUCAGUCUGUUGCAGUUAUGCAGGUCACCAUACGAACUGCCGGGAGUAUUGCCAAGCAAUUUUUCGGACAGACUCCUCUCCUGGUCCAUCACAAAUUAAAGCAGUUGAAAAUUACUGUGCAUCUAUCAGCCCUCAGCUUAUACACUGUGUGAAUAACUACACACAGUCGUAUCCAAUGAGAAACCCUACAGACAGUUUGUAUUGCUGUGAUAGAGCAGAAGAUUAUGCGUGUCAGGCUGCUUGUAAAAGAAUUCUAAUGUCAAUGAAAACAGAGCUUGAAAUUGUUGAUGGACUUAUAGAAGGCUGUAAAACCAUGCCUCUCCCUCAGGACCCACUUUGGCAAUGUUUUCUUGAGAGUUCAAGAUCUGUUCACCCAGGAGUCACUGUGCACCCCCCACCUUCAACAGGCCUUGAUGGAGCUAAGCUCCAUUGCUGUUCCAAAGCAAAUUCUUCCACAUGUAGAGAGCUCUGCACUAAACUUUAUAGCACGAGCUGGGGCAAUUCACAGAGCUGGCAAGAAUUUGAUCGCUUUUGUGAGUAUAAUGCAGUUGAAGUUUCCAUGUUGACCUGUUUAGCAGAUGUACGAGAACCUUGUCAGCUGGGCUGUAGAAAUCUUACAUACUGCACUAAUUUUAAUAACAGACCAACAGAACUUUUUAGAAGCUGCAAUACUCAGUCAGACCAAGGAGCCAUGAAUGACAUGAAGCUAUGGGAAAAAGGGAGUAUUAAGAUGCCGUUCAUAAAUAUUCCUGUGCUUGAUAUUAAAAAAUGCCAGCCAGAAAUGUGGAAGGCAAUUGCCUGCUCCCUGCAGAUUAAACCUUGUCACAGCAAAUCUAGAGGAAGUAUUAUCUGCAAAUCAGAUUGUGUGGAAAUACUGAAGAAGUGUGGAGAUCAUAAUAAAUUCCCUGAAGGCCACUCAGCUGAGAGUAUUUGUGAGCUCUUAUCUCCAACAGAUGACUUGGAGAACUGUAUACCCUUGGAUACUUACCUGAGCCCAAGUUCUUUAGGCAACAUUGUAGAAGAUGUCACACAUCCAUGUAAUCCAAACCCAUGUGCAGCUAAUCAGCUAUGUGAAGUAAAUAGAAAAGGAUGUCAAUCUGGAGAGCUGUGUCUUCCAUACUUGUGUGUGCCGGGCUGCAAACUGGGAGAAGCCUCCGAUUUUAUUGUCCGACAAGGUACACUUAUCCAAGUUCCAUCCUCAGCUGGUGAUGUUGGGUGUUACAAGAUUUGUACCUGUGGACACAGUGGAUUGCUGGAGAACUGUAUGGAAAUGCAUUGUGUUGACCUCCAGAAGUCAUGCAUUGUUGGAGGACAGAGGAAAAGCCAUGGAGCAUCCUUUAAUAUAGAUUGCAAUGUCUGUUCCUGUUUUGCUGGAAACUUGAUUUGUUCUACACGUCAGUGUCUAACUGAGCACAGCUCAGAGGAUGAACGUCGAAAGUUUACAGGUUUGCCCUGUAACUGUGUGGACCAGUUUGUCCCAGUCUGUGGCCAGAACGGGCGCACGUAUCCCAGCGCGUGCAUAGCUCGCUGUGUUGGGCUCCAGGACAACCAGUUUGAAUUUGGAUCAUGUAUUUCCAAGGAUCCUUGCAACCCAAACCCUUGUAAUAAAAAUCAAAGGUGCAUACCAAAGAAACAAGUUUGCUUGACCAGUUUUGAGAAGUUUGAAUGCAGCCAGCAUGAAUGUGUGCCAAGGCAGUUAAAUUGUGACCAGACACGGGAUCCUGUCUGUGACACAGACAAUGUGGAAUACACUAACUUGUGUACUUUGUACCAAAAAGGAAAAAGUUUGGCAUACCGAGGACCAUGCCAGCCAUUCUGCAGGUCGUCGGAGCCUGUGUGCGGGCACAACGGGGAGACCUACGGCAGCGUCUGCGCUGCCUACGCCGACCGCGUGGCCGUGGACUACCACAGGCACUGCCAGGCCGUGGGCGCGCUCUCCGACCACGGCUUCCACUCCGAGUGUGCCUUCGUCAAGUGUCCCCAGCUCUCUGCCGCGGGCUGCAAACCCGUCCUCGCGCCAGGAGCCUGCUGUCCACUGUGUGCUGGAAUGCUGAGAAUCUUAUAUGACAAAGACAAGCUGGAUAAUUUUGCAAGGGUAACAAAUAAAAAGCCAAUAACAGUACUUGACAUACUUGAAAAGAUCCGCCUGCAUGUGUCAGUACCACAGUGUGAUGUGUUUGGAUACUUAAGCAUAGAAUCAGAAAUUGUGAUUCUCAUCAUUCCUGUGGAUCAGAACCCCAAACCAUUGCAGAUUGAAGCCUGCAAUAAAGAAGCAGAAAAGAUUGAGUCCCUGAUCAAUUCGGACAGCCCAACAUUAGCAUCACACGUGCCACUGUCAGCUCUGAUUGCAUCUCAAGUGCAAGUUUCCUUUAGCAUUUCUUCUGCUUCUGCUCAAGUGGUGCCUGCUCUGCACUCCCUGUCCAUGAGCCUUCUUUUCACCUUGCCAUCAGCACUGAGACACUACAUAUAA